AUGACCGGCAUGACCGACAUGACCGACAUGGGUCGUCAUGCAAUUCGCUCCGUUGCCGCGUCGCCUGUUACUACUACAGACGUCGAGUGCCACGAGCCUGUACUGGACGUAACUGAACAAUGCCAACAUCUGGCGGGACUCCUGCGGGAGAUGAAGGCCCGCGCAAGCGUAGAAGACCGCAACCGGAUCAGCGACAUCCUGGACGAGAUUGAUGAAGACUUCUCGGAUCAGAGGCACACUCCAACGCCAUCGAACCUCGAGGUUGACACCCAGAGCUCACAAGGAAGUGUGGACGUCGGCAAUGCCGACUUUUUCGAGCGUCAUGAGACUGAGGGUCUGGAUCUGCUCGAUGAAGACUUGCACAGCAGAGACGAAGCUCGCGCCACAGGUUUCGUCGGCAAGAGCUCAGAGAUCCAAUGGUUGCGCACAGUCGCACUCGCGCAAGGCGAAAGAAUAGACGGAGAUUGGCCUGGGGCAGUACCUCAACGACAGCAUGCCUACGCAUCUGGCAGUGAUCAAGUAAGCUCAUUCAGCUUUUGGGUCGACAGCGAUGAUGUGAGUAUCGACUUUUACGUGAACGCAUACGAGCUGCCACAGCCCGAGCUUGCUGAGCAUUUGGUACAAUGCUACAUGCUUAAAGUGCACGACUCUUUCCCCAUCCUACCACGCAAAGCUUUUGGGGACCAGACUCGCGCCUACUUUGCGGCGUUGCGUAGCGGAAAUGCACCACGCCUCAAUCCGAAAUGGCAAGCCAUUCUGAAUCUCGUCUUUGCUAUCGGCGCCAACUAUGCAUACCUGCUCAACAAAGAUUGGGAUGGUGGAGAUCAUAUUAUAUACCAAGCGCGAGCACGAGCAUUUGGUAUGAGCGAGGCGGCGAUGACCAGUCACCCUGACGUGCCCCAAAUCCAAGGGUUAGGUCUUCUUGCGUUCUACUGGCUCAGCACUGGACAAGUUAGUCGGGCCUGGACGGUCGUUGGUGCGGCUCUUCGCUCGGCAUACUCCCUUGGUCUACACGUACGAAACGAGGACCCUUCUGCGACGGCGACAAAACGAGAAUCGUUGGUGAAAACAUGGUGGAGCCUAUACUCGCUCGAGAGAACUCUCAGCAUUAUAACAGGCCGGCCUAGCAUUGUGGUCGACUCUUGUUGCUCAGUACCGUUGCCCAUGUCGGUACCAGAGGAAGAUGCAUCUGAAGCACUGGAGCCGGCAUACCGUAUGCAUGCAGGAAUUCCUGCAACGUUACACUCGCCUGCCUUUCCUCUCUCUCCUAACCUGGCUGCAAAUCCAUCUCAUACAGCAAUAGGCCCUGGAACAACAGACAUCAGUUCGGUCUCCUACUUCAGGGCUGUGGUACAGCUUUCCAUCAUAACUCAAAGUGUUCUCACUUCUCUUUACUCAGCAGGGACGAUGAUUAGGUCUUCAGAUGAUAUACAGCGGGAUAUCGCUCUUCUAGACCAACGCCUCGACCAAUGGGCCCGCUCAUUGCCCCCAGAGUUCCGGCUGUAUGAAGCACCACGCGAGCCUGAUGCGUUUGGACGAGAACGCAUGCUUCUCCGGUUCCAACUUUGCAGUGCGCAGAUUUUGCUUACGCGGCCGUGUUUGACUGUGCGGCGACAACCGUGGAAGGACGGGAACGACAUAAGCUUCUCGAAGCGUAUGGCAGAUAACUGUGUUGGCGCUGCGAGAACUAUUGUCGCUUCUUUACCCGAGGAGUCUUACACGCAAUUAUACGAGCAGAGUCCUUGGUGGUGUCUCAUUCACCACAUGAUGCAGGCCAUCUCAGUCUUCCUCCUUGCUCUCUCGCAUCCCAAUUCCACCUCAUUCGACACCACAAUGAUGAUUCAUUGUAUAAGAAAGACCAUACGCUGGUUGCAGAGAAUGAAAGGUUCCGUAGCUGAGCGUGCUCAUCGUGUGGCUUUCAAUUGUUUCGAAAGCGUUGCUAGGCGACACGCCGUCGACAUAUCGGAUCUUUGGAAUCGGACAGCCGCCCCAGUUGUACGACAGCCGGUCUCUAACACAAGGGUUAGCGUUCCUGCACCGGUCCCGUCCGGUGCUUUCGGCCAAGCACCAACAGUGAUACCUGCCGCCUCUGCUCCAGCUUAUGGUACCACGAUGACUGGCGCUACUUUCCCUCCUCAUUCUGAGGCCUCGAACUUUGACGCAGGCUACUACGUGCCACGAUGA